ACUCAGGAGCUUCUGGAAUGUUCCAGUGGGAGCCCAGCAGUGGCCAUGGAUGUCCGGAGAAACCCUUGCCUCCUGAUCAUGGCCUGGGCACUGCUGGAUGGGCCCCUGUCCAGUGGGGAGAGCCUGGGCACAAAUGGCCCCUGUGAGCAGCAGCUGCGAUAUCGGCACAGCAGCGUGGAGAGUGGGGGGCCCUGGCUGUCCACCCUGGUUCUGCUCAGCAGCAUCGGUGCCAUUUGGCUGUUUGUCUUCUACGCCAUUCGCUGCUUGUGCCUCAGGAGGAACCAGUGUGCCCAGGAGCUGGACGAGAGAGGAGAGAAAUGCUGGGAGGAGGUCCGAAUGUCCUGUCCAGAAGACGACGGGGACCAGUCGUGUGGCUACGAGUCUCAGGUCCUCGUCCCAGCCCAACCCGAGUUUAGAUCCACCCCACUGGGUACCAACCCUGCCCUCCAGGCGUAUGCCCACCAGCUGGCCUGCAUGGAGCACGAACUGGAGCACUUCCUGAGCGAGGUGCGCAAUCGGCAGGGCACCCUGGGGUCCAAGGCAGGGAAGGAGAGGGCCCCCCCCAAUCUGAAGAAGGGAGGCUUGGACAAACUGCGCAUCACCGUCUAUGAAAUUGCUGACAGUGAGCAGCCAGACCCGGCAUGGGGCAGAGGACGCAAAAGGAAGCUCAAAUAGAGAAGGGGAGUACCACAAAGUUCUG